CCCGGGUAACAGAGAAGCGGCCGCGGCGGUAGAGGCGGCGGAGACGGUUUCUCCAUCUUUCCCCCCCUCCCCUUCCCCCCUCGGAGUUUCCCUCCCUCCCUCCCUCCCUCCUUCCCAGUCUGGGCACCGGGGCCUGUGACCGUUUCGUUAGCGGAGAGGAGGCUGCCAGUCCGCUUCGGCGGGCCUGUGCCUGCGCCGUUCUCGGGGCCUCCCUGCUGAGCCCGAGGCUCACGCCGAGAGGGACACGCAGUGAGGAGCGGCCGAAGCAGCUUUGCGGUUUUGUGGUGCAUCCCUGAGCAUGAGCGCAGAAUGAAGCGACGUUUGGAUGACCAGGAGUCACCGGUGUAUGCGGCCCAGCAGCGUCGGAUCCCUGGUAGCACAGAGGCUUUUCCUCACCAGCACCGGGUGCUUGCCCCUGCCCCUCCUGUGUAUGAAACAGUGUCCGAGACCAUGCAGUCAGCCACGGGAAUUCAGUACUCCGUGACACCCAGCUAUCAGGUUUCAGCAGUGCCUCCGAGCUCUGGCGGUCACGGGCCCAGCAUCACAGCGGUUCACAGUGGCCACCAUCACCCGGCCGCUGUGCAGCCCCAUGGAGGCCAGGGGGUCCAGAGUCAUGCUCAUCCCGCCCCGCCAGUCGCACCAGUGCAGGGACAGCAGCAAUUUCAGAGGCUUAAGGUGGAGGAUGCGCUGUCCUAUCUUGACCAGGUGAAGCUGCAAUUUGGUAGUCAGCCUCAGGUCUACAAUGAUUUCCUUGACAUCAUGAAGGAAUUUAAAUCUCAGAGCAUUGACACUCCAGGAGUGAUUAGUCGUGUGUCCCAGCUGUUCAAAGGCCACCCUGACCUGAUUAUGGGCUUCAAUACCUUCUUGCCCCCUGGCUACAAGAUUGAGGUGCAAACCAAUGACAUGGUGAACGUGACAACUCCUGGCCAGGUUCAUCAGAUCCCCACCCAUGGCAUCCAGCCCCAGCCUCAACCACCACCCCAACAUCCUUCCCAGCCUUCAGCCCAGUCAGCCCCAGCUCCUGCCCAGCCAGCUCCUCAGCCCCCACCUGCCAAAGUCAGCAAGCCUUCCCAACUACAAGCACAUACUCCAGCCAGUCAGCAGACUCCCCCUCUCCCACCGUAUGCAUCCCCGCGCUCUCCACCUGUUCAGCCUCAUACACCAGUGACAAUCUCGUUGGGAACGGCCCCAUCCUUGCAGAACAAUCAGCCUGUGGAGUUUAAUCAUGCCAUCAACUAUGUUAAUAAAAUCAAGAACAGGUUCCAGGGCCAACCAGACAUCUACAAAGCGUUCCUGGAGAUUUUGCACACAUAUCAGAAAGAGCAACGAAAUGCCAAGGAAGCUGGAGGAAACUACACUCCAGCAUUGACUGAGCAGGAGGUCUAUGCCCAGGUGGCUCGUCUUUUUAAAAAUCAGGAAGAUCUGUUGUCAGAGUUUGGACAGUUCCUACCAGAUGCCAACAGCUCUGUGCUUUUAAGCAAAACAACUGCUGAGAAGGUUGAUUCCGUGAGAAAUGACCAUGGAGGCACUGUGAAGAAGCCGCAGCUGAACAACAAGCCACAGAGGCCCAACCAGAACGGCUGCCAGAUCCGUCGGCACUCGGGAUCGGGAACCACCCCUCCGGUAAAGAAGAAACCUAAACUGCUCAGCUUAAAGGAUUCUUCCAUGGCAGAUGCCAGCAAGCAUGGUGUAGGAACGGAAUCAUUGUUUUUUGAUAAGGUCCGAAAGGCUCUGCGGAGUGCAGAGGCCUAUGAGAAUUUCCUGCGCUGUCUUGUUAUCUUUAACCAGGAGGUGAUCUCUCGGGCUGAGCUUGUACAGCUAGUCUCUCCUUUCCUGGGGAAAUUCCCUGAAUUGUUUAACUGGUUUAAAAAUUUUCUGGGCUAUAAGGAGUCUGUACAUCUGGAAACCUUUCCAAAGGAACGAGCCACAGAGGGCAUUGCCAUGGAGAUAGAUUAUGCCUCUUGUAAACGGUUGGGCUCCAGCUAUCGAGCCCUACCAAAGAGUUACCAGCAGCCCAAGUGUACAGGACGGACUCCUCUCUGUAAAGAGGUUUUAAAUGAUACUUGGGUUUCCUUCCCUUCCUGGUCUGAGGACUCCACCUUUGUUAGUUCCAAGAAAACCCAGUAUGAAGAACACAUCUAUCGUUGUGAAGAUGAACGGUUUGAGCUUGAUGUAGUUUUAGAGACCAAUCUGGCAACGAUCCGGGUUCUGGAAGCAAUACAGAAGAAGCUUUCUCGCUUGUCUGCUGAGGAACAAGCCAAAUUUCGCUUGGACAACACCCUUGGGGGCACGUCGGAAGUUAUUCAUCGAAAAGCACUCCAGAGGAUAUAUGCUGAUAAAGCAGCUGACAUCAUUGAUGGUCUGAGGAAGAACCCUUCCAUUGCUGUCCCAAUUGUCCUUAAAAGGUUGAAGAUGAAAGAGGAAGAAUGGCGAGAAGCUCAGAGAGGCUUUAACAAGGUGUGGAGAGAGCAAAAUGAGAAAUACUACCUGAAGUCUCUGGACCACCAGGGCAUCAACUUUAAACAGAAUGACACCAAGGUCCUGAGGUCAAAGAGCUUACUCAACGAGAUUGAGAGUAUCUAUGAUGAGAGGCAAGAGCAGGCUACAGAAGACAAUGCCGGUGUACCUGUUGGCCCACACCUCUCACUUGCCUAUGAAGACAAACAGAUCCUGGAAGAUGCCGCUGCUUUGAUUAUCCACCACGUGAAAAGGCAGACCGGCAUUCAGAAGGAGGACAAGUAUAAAAUCAAGCAAAUCAUGCAUCAUUUCAUUCCAGAUCUGCUCUUUGCUCAGAGAGGUGAUCUCUCAGAUGUGGAGGAAGAGGAAGAAGAAGAGAUGGAUGUAGAUGAAGCCACAGGGGCAGCUAAGAAGCACAAUGGUGUUGGGGGCAGUCCCCCUAAGUCCAAGCUACUGUUUAGUAACACAGCAGCUCAGAAGUUAAGAGGGAUGGAUGAAGUAUACAACCUCUUCUAUGUUAAUAACAACUGGUAUAUCUUUAUGCGACUGCACCAGAUUCUCUGCUUGCGGCUGCUGCGGAUUUGUUCCCAAGCUGAACGGCAAAUUGAAGAAGAAAACCGAGAGAGAGAGUGGGAACGGGAAGUGCUGGGCAUAAAACGAGACAAGAGCGACAGCCCUGCCAUCCAGCUACGUCUCAAAGAACCUAUGGAUGUUGACGUAGAAGAUUAUUACCCAGCUUUCCUGGACAUGGUGCGGAGCCUGCUGGAUGGCAACAUAGACUCGUCGCAGUACGAAGAUUCACUAAGAGAGAUGUUCACCAUUCACGCCUACAUUGCCUUCACCAUGGACAAGCUAAUCCAGAGCAUUGUCAGACAGCUGCAGCACAUCGUGAGUGAUGAAAUCUGUGUGCAGGUGACUGACCUUUACCUGGCAGAAAACAAUAAUGGGGCCACAGGAGGCCAGUUGAACACGCAGACUUCCAGGAGUCUCCUGGAGUCAACAUAUCAACGGAAGGCUGAGCAACUCAUGUCAGAUGAGAAUUGCUUUAAGCUUAUGUUUAUUCAGAGCCAGGGCCAGGUUCAGCUGACCAUUGAGCUCCUGGACACAGAAGAGGAGAACUCCGAUGACCCUGUAGAAGCAGAGCGUUGGUCAGACUAUGUGGAACGAUACAUGAAUUCUGAUACUACCUCUCCUGAGCUUCGUGAGCACCUGGCACGGAAACCAGUAUUUCUCCCAAGGAAUCUGAGGCGGAUCCGGAAAUGUCAGCGUGGUCGAGAACAGCAGGAAAAGGAAGGGAAGGAAGGCAACAGCAAGAAGACCAUGGAGAAUGUGGAUAGCCUGGAUAAACUGGAGUGUAGAUUCAAGUUGAAUUCCUACAAGAUGGUGUAUGUGAUCAAGUCAGAGGACUACAUGUAUCGGAGAACUGCCUUGCUCCGGGCUCAUCAGUCCCAUGAACGUGUAAGCAAGCGGCUACAUCAGAGGUUCCAGGCCUGGGUAGAUAAAUGGACCAAGGAGAAUGUGCCCCGUGAAAUGGCAGCAGAGACCAGCAAGUGGCUCAUGGGUGAGGGGCUGGAGGGCCUGGUGCCCUGUACCACCACCUGUGACACAGAGACCCUGCACUUUGUGAGCAUUAACAAAUACCGUGUCAAAUAUGGCACAGUGUUCAAAGCCCCAUAACUGCAAAGCCAGAGCAGAUAACUUGAGGGGGGUGUGUGUGGGGAGCGCGUGCACUCACGCACACUGAAGAAACAAGGAAGAUGCCUUUCAAGCCUCACUGGGCCUCUCUGGGACAUGGCCACCUGAUCAGUGUGUGGCUGGUGCAACCUGGCACCAAGUGGGCUACAUAUAAGGAACAUGGAUACCUUACAAAGCCGGAGCUGGAACUUUUCCCAAGGGGUUUGGGGUCUUAGCCUGCCCUGGAGGGGAAGGAAAUCCAUGCAAGCACAGAGACAUGCAGCUUGCUUGCACACACCAGCAGAGCCAAGACUGGAGUCUCCUGGGGCCUGACCUUCAAUGAAGGAGCCAGAUGCUGUUCACACCUUGACUGGACGGGCGUGCACUGACAGACUGGGGAAGGACUCACCGCUCAGAUGGAUUGUAACUCUGAUGGUCACUGCUCCUCUCCUCUCCCCCCAAAAGGAAAAAAAAAAACUGGAUUUGAUUUUUUUUUUUCCCCCCUCCUGGUCACUCGAGCACAUCUAGAUCACCCAUUAGAUUUUAUCUGGGACCUGCAGUUUGGCUUUGGGAUUGAUCAUCUUGUGGGUUUUUCCUGACGAAUCCCUCGCUGCCCACCCUUUACACUCUCCUCUGGUUCUCAACCUCAGCAAGUUCAAAUCCGUCGUCCUUUUUAGCUCCCGUGGAACUGUUUUGUACCUGCUUCUUUACUAGUCUACCCUAGUGCCAUCCACCAGCUUUACUCUCUGACACACAGACACACAGACACACACACGCACACAAUUUUAACUUGGUUUUUCUUUUUCUUUUUUUUUGUAAAUAAUGUACAUACUGUCGAUUUUUUAUUAAAAGAAAUAUGCUUUGAUGUGCUAGCAUAA